GUGGACGUGAUUCCUGGAUGCUAAGUGAGCCGGCGAUGUAUGUCAGCGGAGAUAUAUAAACAUUUGUUAUUGGCUCUAUAACUUCACUCCAUCGUGCAUCCAUGCUGUAAACAUGUAUUUAUACACUGUCCACAUUAAGCGCCCUCCCUAGAUUGCAACACGAUGGACCUGUUGCCGGAUGAACUGCUUGUAAAUAUCUUCCGGCACCUUCCCGCCAGAGAUUUGAUCGCGCUUUCCUUUUUAUGUCGCCGAUUUCGACGAUUGCUUGAUUCGGUCCAGUUCAAUCGGUAUGUCUCCUUUAGGAAUUCAUGGGGAGUACCAGAGGGUAUGAUAUGCCAAUACAUCGUGAAGCAUGCAAACAUCCUUACGUCUUUAAACCUGUGCAACUGUUAUUGGAUGACAUCUAUUGGUACUACCUUGCUGAAACUGAAGCAGUUGAAAGCCCUAGACAUAAGGGGUUGUUCAUUGCCCCUUGAGAUAUGUCUUAAAGUUGUCGAAAGGAACAGUCACUUAACUGAUUUAGGCUGGUCCGUUGACAAGCAAACCAUGAAGCUAUGUGAAGCAGAACACAUGAACCCUGCUGAUAUUUCUGAAAUUCACAAAAAAGUAUACAGGGUAUUUAAACAACUAAUGUCACUAAAACUUGACUUCUUUUUCGGAAAGUCUGGUUGUUUUCAAUAUGAAGACUCACUUUGGUGGAUUUUGUGUUGCUUUCUUUUUAAACUGAAACUGAAUUUCCUUGAGUUAGCUUGGCCUGAUGGUUCCAUGGAGCAUUUAAGAACUACUCAUGAAGCUGCACGAAUUACUAUCCAAUGUACAGAUGAUAAAAAGGAGAGACUGUUUGAAUUCAUAGCUGAAGGUCAGGGAAUCAAUGAAGAUGACAGGCACCUGCUUGAGGCCUGGCUACAUCAUUUUCCUCAUUUUCAGUUCACACCUGUAUGCAGGCCCGAUAGAUUACUUUGGAUUUGCCCAGUCUUUAAAACACCUUUAAAACUUCUAAGGUCCAACAAGCAGUUUGUCUUCAGUGCAAUAGUAGAAUCAGAUGAUCCGAUCUGUGUUGAUAUGGCAUGUUCUCCUCAGCUAAAACUGACUUCAACUAUAGCAAAAUCCCUCAGAUAUCUGAAUCUUGCAAAUGCUGUCAUUGAAGAUUGGGAUGAUUUUAAAGGUUUGGAUUUCCCCAUGUUACAAUCAUUGAACCUGCAAGGGACCAGCUGCUUGCUAGACUCUGUUGGAAAUUUGAUCAGGUUAAAACACCUCAACUUGGCCAAUGUCAGCUAUCAUAAAUCCCAGAUGACCCUGGACAGGCACACAUUGCUUAGUUCAUUGUCUUGCUGUACAUCCCUGGUAUCUCUUGCACUGCCAUCUUGUUGGGCUAGUAUCCCUUCUGGAAAAGAGGGGAAAACUACUAAGCAAGUUGGCUGGAAACACAUGCUGAAUGAUUUUGAGCUGAUCCAUGAGAAGUUCAAAUCAAUACUUGGAACAAACCACCCAGUCAACCUCCAGAUUCCACAAAACCAAGUGCACAUGAUGAAAGCUCUAUGCAGUUGUAAAUUGUCUCCAGAUGUACUUACAACGUUAAACAACUGGGAGUUUUUGCACAGGCUAACAAUAGCAGGAGUCACAGUACCUGGAAAUGCAAGUUUUCUUGUGAACAUUGCCCAGAAGUGCUCCCAGUUAGAAUUCCUAUCUUUGGCAAAUCUGACUCCAGCCCUGUCUCAUUCUUCUGGUGUGUCAAACUUGAUGAAAGCACUGAGCCACUGUCACAAACUGAAAGACUUCAGACUCGAGCAGAAGUAUUUUGACAUUAGCUGUCGCUUCCAGUCCUCCUUAGCUGCUGCUUCUAGCCUGGAAAGAGUUUGUCUGAUCGCUAAAAAUGGCAAGCUGGAAAAGAAGGGGGUCAUUCCAUGGCUGACAAAGUGUCGCAAGUUAAUAUUCGUGCAGAUUUUCUGUGAUGUUUCUAAGAAGGACAUAGCAGACACAAGAAGGCUUGUGAAAACACGGUUUUACAAAAAGCGUGCUGGGCUAACUGUGGCCGUGUAUAGUUACACCGAAACAUCCGGGACAUCCACAAGGUUCGACCCAGAUAUCUCCCUGACCACCCCAAAUGUGCAUCUCAAUGAAAUCACGCUGUUCUCCUCGCGAGUAGCCACAGACUGGCGCCAAGUGUACUGGAAUGGACAUUAACAUUGGGCACCCUGUCUUGAGGUUAUAACAUUUUGGGUAUCCUGUGGUGUCAUCCGCGGUAUGUGAUAGUAACAGAGUACUAAGUACUAAGAUUGUUAGAUUUGGAAGAAACUAAAAAAUGCAGGCUAAACUUAGUUUAUUAUGAAAAAUGUCAGCGUUUAUUAUUAUAAUUUUAUCAGCUUGUAAAAAGUCUUUUCACUGGCCAAGAUAUGAGAACUGAAAUGAAGUUUUGCUACAAAGUCACAUUUUGCAGGCAUGAAAUUAUAGAAAGAAGACUCACUCUGAUGUGUGAAUCAGUGUGAUUAUGGGCGUUGUCUAUGCGUAAUGUCAAGGUGUAGGAUGACUGUUUUGGAGCAUGCCGUUUGUUUUUUCCUGUGCUCUAAGUCGUGACCGCCAUCUUGUUUUUUUUUUUCUGGUCGGCGAGAUUUUCUUUCUUUUUUUUUCCUUUUUUGCUCUAAAUCACCGAGCAAAUGUCCGCAAGGUAUCCUUUGGUUAAAACACAAGUCAUGAUGAAAUACAUAAACGAAAUCAAGCGUGUGGCAUAGUUAGACAACCUCUGCAAGUUCAAGUUUGUGUAAUCACGUUGUGGUUUUCUUAUGCCUAGUGCACACUAGCGACAUAUCGACAUGGGCGCGCUCACUCAUGCUUAUCUUCGACAUAAC